AAACCAGCAGGUAAGCCCGCUGCCAGUCCUGUGAAAAGCGUGACAGCCAAGAAUGCAGGGCUCACAUCAAGCAAACCUCAGCCAGCGGGGAAAGCGGGGGCAACCUCAACAAAAGCAGGAACUGCCCCUGUUCCCAAAAUCUCCAAGAGCUCAGAGAGCAGCAGCUCUGAUUCUUCCGAUGGCAAAGAAGCUGAGAAGCCAGCAAAGCAGCCUCCUAUUCACCCCUUUUUUAAGCAGAUGACUGCUAAAGUGGCCACUCCCUCAGGAAAGGGCGUACAGACCAACUUAAAUACAUCCGGUGCUGCUUCCAACAAAUCCCAGAGUUCUGCCACAAAAGCAACAGGAAAGGAAGAACAAAUUCCCUCCCAAAAGGCUAAACUGAGCCAGGGACAGGCUCCGGCUGUUAAGUCCCCUGGAAUCACCGUACGUAAGGAGAGUUCCUCAGACAGCUCCUCGGACAGCAGCGAGGAAGAAGCAGAAGCUUUGACAACAGCCAAGCCUCCGGCACUGCCUGCCACCCAGCAGAAACAAGAGGCAAAAAAAGAGUCAGAGAGUUCAUCUGAGGAGUCCAGUGAUGAAGAACAAGAAGCUUCUCAGUCUCUCUUAACAGGGCUAUCAGGUCCUCACAAGAUCCAGGCAUCCACUGUGGCAGCAAGUCCUCUGCUAUCCAAACAGGGUUCUGGGAAAGUUAGUAGUCUGGCUGCCAGUGCUGCUCAAGCAAAGUCUCCUGGGAAGCCAGCUCCUGCUGAUAGCACAUCAUCGAGUGACAGCUCUUCAAGCGAUAGUGAAGAGAUCACCUCGUUGCCUUCUUCUGGAAAGGACGCAGCGGCUGCUAAGGGAAAGGGGCCAGGGAAACGAGGACUGGAGAGCACCGGCUCCAAGCCGCUCCCGGCAAAGAAAGCUGCCGCAAAAGCUCAGAGCAAUGGCCAAGCCCAAGAGACAUCUGCGGCACCCUUGCCAGAAUCACUUGCUCCAUCGUUCAAAGCUCUCCCUGGGAACAAGGAACAAGGAACCCAAAAAGGUGCCCGGGCUAACCCUGUGGCAAAGGCCAAGACAUCCAAAACUGGAAAGAAAGAGAAGCCAUCCAAGAAACGGAAACUGGCCGAUGGGGACACUGGCCCUGGGGUUUCAAAGAGCAAGAAGCUUAAAAUGCAGAGCGAGGAAGAGAUGCCAGUAAAGAAGAAGAAGAAGAAGAAGAAAUCCAAGUCUUCAGACAGCAUCAAAUCAACAAAGAAAAAAGACAGCAAAGAAAAGAAGUCUGAUAAAAAGAAAAAGAAGAGAAAAAAUGUGGAGAGACCUGAUGCAGAUGGGUCACAGAAGAAAAAGAAGAAAAAGAAGAAAACGGAUAACCUUCAAAAAGAGGCAUGAACAUUGGCCUUGUAAUUCAACGUGAAGAAUGGUAGUACAUUCAUCAGAAAGGAAUUAUUCAUUUAUAUUUUUUAAACAACAAAACCAAAUGUCAGAGAUUGAAUUUAACUUAUAACUAUUUUUACUGAUGACUUUUAAAGCUAAGAAACUGUGCUUCAAAUGACCUGGAUAUGGGCUUGGUAGAAGGAUACAACUUGUACCACUGAGCAAAGUGAUCUGGAUGUCUGAAGAGAUCACAGAAGAGGCAUGUGCAGAGACAAAAAAGUUCGUUUUGUUUACUGAGGAAUUUUUAAAUUGCUGUUUCUCCUUCCUUUCUUCCCUUUCCUUGACACUUAAGAGUUAUAUUUUUAAAGUAACACCUCAUCCCUUCCCUCCUGCUAAUUUUUUUUAAAAUCAACUUUUUAUUUUCAUUUUUAGGAAGGGACAUCCUUUUUCUCUCUUUAUGUCCAGCAUGUACAAAAUUGUGUUGUCUCUGGAUUGGCUUUCUGUCUCAUCCUUCCUCUUUUUAUUAAUAAAA